AUGCGAACACAAAAACAGAUCAGCAGAGAUAGGGAGAGAGAGAGAGAGAGAGAGAGAGAGAGAGAGAGAGAGAGAGAGAGGUGCGAAGGAAGUCAGAAUAACAAGGGAAGAAGACGUGCAACAGCUAGGGCAUUUUAG